AUGCCAGGCCCAGGCAAACGGCUGUCAUUUCCAAACAACCUCCUUCAUUCUCCCAAAUCAUCUGCCAAGUCAAUUCCACAGUAUCAUCCUAUCGAAUUACGCACCGAAAUUGAGUCGCCUCCUUUGGUUUUCUAUGGCGCAUCAGAAUCUAGUACGGGCGCAUUGUUGUCAGGCCAGCUAAAACUUACUAUCAAUGAGGGUUUCACGCCAAUCGAGACGAUGGAUUUGAAGUUGGUCCUGGAGGUAACUAGGAAAGAGCCGUUUCACUCAAGGUGCGCCGAGUGCACGCAUCAAACUACUGAGUUGACAAAAUGGAAUUUUCUGGCUGGUCCCGCGACGAUGAAAAAAGGCCAACAUAACUUCCCAUUCAGCUUUUUAUUGCCAGGGCACUUGCCUGCGACGAUGAAAGGAUCGCUCGUGACAAUCAAUUACGUUCUUCAAGGCAAGGUGGUACCGAAAAAUAGCGAGCCCGUCAAGUUAUCAGAGACGCUCAUUAUCAAACGCGCCAUCCAGCCAGCCGACAGUCCUCGACGAUCCAUCCGAAUAUUCCCUCCGACGAACCUUACUGCGAACUGCGAAUUACCUCCAGUCAUUCAUCCAAUUGGCGAAACAACCGUAUCGAUGAGGAUGGAUGGAGUUGUGAAGCGGAAUACAGAAUCAAAAACACAAACACAAUGGAAAUUGAAGCGUGUUACCUGGCAUUUGGACGAGAUACAAAAGCAAAUAUCCCCCGCGUGUCCAAAACAUGCCGCAAAAGCUGGAGCUGUGGAUGGAGCCAAGAAGGGUACGGCGCACCAAGAUACAAGAACCAUCGGCUCAGACGAGAUUAAGACGGGCUGGAAAGCGGACUAUAGCUCCGCAGAUGGAAGUAUCGAAUUGGAAUUUCCAUUCAGCAUCAAAUCAGAUUCCAACCCUGUAUGCGACAUGAAAUCAGAGGAUGGAACAGAAGUUACACACAACUUGAUCAUUGAGAUGAUCGUUGCUGAGGAAUUCGCUCCCAUCAGCAAGGUCACACAGGUGACACCAACUGGUGCAGCACGGGUUUUACGAAUGCAUUUCAAUAUCAUCGUGACGGAACGAACUGGUAUGGGUAUUUCGUGGGACGAGGAACAACCACCACUUUACGAGAACGUCCCAGCAAGUCCACCAGCAUAUGGCGGAUCAGAACCUUUUGUGGGUGAUAUCCCAGAUUACGAGGAUUUGGAGCCUUUGGAUGCGGUAAACACACCACCGCAGUCCUCUCACGGAAACGGAGAGGGUUCUUCUAGAUCUCAUUAA